GCCUUGCUCAUCGUCUUCAAGUGGGUUGCACAUCUCCUCGCUGGCACCCGACACCCCCCGUCGCCGGCCAUGAACGUGCUGGGCUCGCUGCGCGCAACAGCGGCCCCCCUUGGACUUCGGCCGUCUUGCUCGCGUGCGCUCGUCACCGAACCCGGUCCCUCGCGCCUGCACGCCGCCUUCUGGUCGCACACCGCUCGACGGCGCGCUUACACGUCCCACAACAACGGCAGGACGUUCCAUUCUGUCUCCGUUGUAGACUACCAGAAGCCUGCCGGCAUCGAGCUCAAGAGUCCUCGUUGGGUCAACAAACCUCGGGCACCGGCGCAGGAUGACGUCGAUACGCCGGAUGAAGAUGUAACGCGGAUAGAGGGUAGCGAGGAUGGGACUGCGAAGGCGACGAGCAGAGGCCCGAGCAAGGCCCUCCUAGACGCUCCCGACGGCGCGUCGGGCUCGCAGGGUGCAUCCGACUCCGCCCCUCCAGCAUCCUCCUCGUCAGGGAGCGACGGCUCCGACGGGCACGACUCGUCCAAGCCUCCAUCCGACUCUCCGCCACCGGAAUCCCCUCCAGCCCCAUCACAACAGCAAACGUCGAUAUCGAAGCAAUCCGUACCCGAUGUCUACCCACAGGUCCUCGCCCUACCCAUCGCCCGCCGCCCACUCUUCCCCGGCUUUUACAAGGCUGUCGUCGUCCGCAAUCCGGCUGUCGUCGCUGCGAUCAAAGAGAUGAUGAAACGCGGGCAGCCGUACCUCGGUGCUUUCUUGCUCAAGGACGAGAACGCGGACGCGGACGUGAUCACGGACGUCAACGCGGUGCACCCCGUCGGUGUAUUCGCGCAGAUCACUAGCGUGUUCGCCGCAAACACGGGAUCGGGCGAAGAUAAGGAAGAGGGAUUGACGGCGGUGCUGUACCCGCAUCGUCGGAUCAAGAUCACGGAACUGGUCAAAGCAGGUCGGACGAUGGACGAAGCGGAGAAGAUCGAGCAGCAGCUCGAGACGCCCCCGUCAACUCCAACAUCGGAAACUGAAGAGGUUCGCCAGUUGCUACCAGGCACGCUUCAAACGUCCUUCCUCCAACAGCACGCGGUCUCCAUCGCCAACGUCACCAAUCUUGCCACGCAAUCGUACAACAAGGACGACCAAUACAUCCGCGCCUUCAUGUCCGAGAUCGUCUCCGUUUUCAAGGACAUCGCGCAGCUCAACCCGCUCUUCCGCGACCAGAUCACCAACUUCUCCAUCAACCAGGUCGCCUCCAAUGUCUUUGACGAGCCGGACAAACUCGCCGACUUUGCUGCCGCCGUCUCCGCGGGCGCCGUCGGCGAGCUGCAGGACGUUCUCGAGAGCCUCGAGGUGCAGGAUCGCCUACGCAAGGCGCUGCUCGUACUCAAGAAGGAGCUCAUCAACGCGCAGCUCCAGAGCAAGCUCAGCCGGGACGUGGACAGCAAGAUUGCGAAGCGCCAGCGGGAGUAUUACCUUAUGGAACAGCUGAAGGGCAUCAAGAAAGAACUUGGAAUGGAGAGCGAUGGGAAGGACAAGCUGAUUGAGAAGUUUAGGGAGCGCGCGGCGGCCCUGAAAAUGCCCGAGGGUGUCCGGAAGGUUUUCGACGAGGAACUCAACAAGCUGCAGCAUCUGGAGCCCGCGGCAUCUGAGGCGAACGUUACUCGGAACUACCUCGAAUGGCUUACUCAGAUCCCUUGGGGCCAGCACUCGCCCGAGAACUUUUCGAUUGCGCACGCACAACAGGUGCUUGACGAGGACCACUACGGUCUGCGCGACGUGAAGGAUCGCAUUCUCGAGUUCCUUGCUGUCGGCAAGCUGCGUGGCACCGUUGAGGGCAAGAUCAUCUGCUUGGUUGGCCCUCCGGGUGUCGGCAAGACGAGUAUCGGAAAGUCGAUUGCCAGGGCGUUGGGCAGACAAUUCUUCAGGUUCUCAGUCGGAGGCUUGACGGAUGUCGCCGAGAUCAAAGGACAUAGGCGAACAUACGUGGGCGCUCUUCCCGGCAAGAUCAUCCAGGCCUUGAAGCGCGUCGGCACCGAGAACCCGCUCGUACUUAUCGACGAGGUUGACAAGAUUGGGCGUGGGCAUAAUGGCGACCCGGCGAGCGCGCUACUUGAGAUGCUCGACCCCGAGCAGAACACGGGCUUCCUCGACCAUUACAUGGACGUCCCCGUGGACCUUUCCCGCGUACUCUUCGUCUGCACGGCUAAUAUGCUCGAUACUAUUCCCGCACCGCUCCUUGACCGCAUGGAGGUGCUCGAAGUGAGCGGGUACGUGACGGAGGAGAAGGAACAAAUUGCAGCACGCUACCUUGCGCCGCAGGCGAAGGAGGCUUCUGGUUUGAAGGACGCCGACAUCCAGAUCGAGUCUAGCGCAGUGGAUAUGCUUAUCAAGUAUUACUGCAGGGAGAGCGGAGUGCGCAACCUGAAGAAGCAUAUCGAUAAGAUCUAUCGUAAGGCAGCGUUGAAGCUUGUGCAAACCCUAGGCGAAGAUGCCUUACCUGAGCCCGCCACGACCGCCACUGCGACCGAUGACAAAUCGGCCAGCGAUGCCACGGUUGCCCAACCGGAAGCUGCCACUGCUACUGUCGAAAAGGUCGCGCCGCCUCCUAAUAAACCGGCCGCGCCUGAGACCGCGACGCCGAAGAUUGAUGAGGAGCAUGAAGUUCAGGUCACGACCGAGGACCGCAAGCCUCUGAAGAUUCCGGACGACGUGCACAUCCGCAUCACACCGGAGAACCUCAAGGACUACGUCGGCCCGCCUGUCUAUUACAAGGACCGGAUGUAUGUGAAGGCGCCGCCACCCGGCGUCAGCACUGGCCUUGGGUACUUGGGUAACGGCUCGGGCGCGGUGAUGCCCAUCGAAGCCACAAGCAUGCCGGGUAAAGGUCACCUUCAGCUGACCGGCAAGCUAGGCGAGGUUAUCCGGGAGAGCGCGCAAAUUGCGCUGAGCUGGACCAAGAGCCACGCACUGGAGCUCGGCAUUACCCAGUCCGCUACGGAGGAAUUCCUGAACGAGCGCGACGUGCAUGUGCACAUGCCGGAAGGCAGCAUCGGCAAGGAAGGCCCCAGCGCGGGUACCGCGAUUCUGACCGCGUUCGUCUCGUUAUUCACCAAGACGGCGGUGAACUCGGACAUUGCGAUGACAGGUGAGAUCUCGCUGGUGGGUCAAGUUCUACCCGUCGGCGGCCUGAAGGAGAAGAUUCUGGCCGCGCAUCGCGCGGGGAUCAAGACCAUAGUCGCGCCGGCCGCGAACCGCGCAGAUAUCGAGGAGAACGUGCCUGAGAGCGUGAAGACCGGGAUUCGCUUCGUGUACGUGGAGGACGUUCGGGAGGUACUGCACGAGGUAUUCAGUGGCACGGCUGUCGCCGAACGGUGGAAGGAGACGCUCAAGCCAUGAAGAUCAACUGCAUACGAGAUGAGACGCGUUUACUAGGGCAAUCGUUUGCUGAUCGCUUUCAGAGUUGAUUACAAUCUAUGUAUCUUUACACUCAGUCCCCCCUCCGCUCAGCGCUUGUACGGUAAUAGGAACGGCUAAUUGCAACAACGCCUACAUUUAGUGAACUGGCGUGCGCGAGUCCGUAGGUUCGUCGCGUGAAGAAGGCGUUUGCAGUCACUCGGCAGCAAACGCUUUCAGUGUAUCUCAGAGCCAUUCUACGGUCGCAGGGGGUUUAGACGAGAUGUCGUAUGUGACACGAUUUACGCCGGCGACUUCAUUGGUGAUACGGGACGAUAUCUUCCUGAGGACGUCGGCCGGGAAGACGAACCAAUCGGCCGUCAUGAAGUCUUCCGACUGCACCGCUCGAAGCGCGAUAACCUGUUCGUACGUCCGCUUAUCGCCCAUCACGCCGACCGCCUUCACGGGGAGAAGCACGGCAAACGCCUGGCUGAUCUGGUCGUAGAGUCCUGCGGCGCGAAUCUCCUCGAUGUAGAUGCUGUCCGCGCGUUGCAGGAUCUGGACCUGCUCGCGCGUUACAGGUCCCAAGAUGCGGAUAGCGAGGCCUGGCCCGGGGAAGGGAUGUCGCUGCACGAGCGGCGCCGGGAUGGAGAGCAGCCUCCCGAGUGCGCGCACCUCGUCUUUGAAGAGCUCGCGGAGAGGCUCGAUCAGCUUGAGUUUCAUGUCUUUCAGCAGGCCACCGACGUUGUGGUGGGUCUUGAUCGUCGCGCUCGGGCCCUUGAAGCUGAUGCUCUCGAUCACGUCCGGGUACAGCGUACCCUGGAGGAGCCAUUCGACCUUGCCCUUCGCCUCCGCACCCUUCUCGCGCUCCUCGGUCGCGGCCGCGGCCUCGAGCUGCGCCGCCUUCUCUUCGAAGACGUUGAUGAAGGUGUUGCCGAUGAUCUUCCGCUUUUGCUCCGGGUCCUCGACGCCGGCAAGGCGGGAGAGGAAGAGGGCGGAGGCAUCGACGACGGUCAGGUUCACGCCGAGGUCUUUAUUGAGCAUCUGCUCGACCUGUUGCGCCUCGUUAAGGCGCAGGACGCCGUUGUCGACCAUGAUGGCAUGGAACCUGUCGCCGAUGGCCUCGUGCAUGAGCUUGGCGGCUACAGUGCUGUCAACUCCGCCGCUGACGGCACCGAUCACACGUCCCUUGGGACCGCAGAUCUCGCGGAUGCGCGUAAUUUCCUUACCGAUAAACUCUUCCAUCGUCCAGUUCGCGCGACAGCCGCAGAUGUUUAACACGAAUUUUCCAAUGACUUCCUUGCCGCGCUUCGAGUGCGUGACCUCCGCGUGGAACUGGAUGCCGUAGAAUGGCUUCGUGUCGUGCGCGAUGGCGGCGUAGGGCGCGCUUUUGGUGCGACCGAUGACGUGGAAGUCGGGGGGCAUCUCAGAGAGCUGGUCUCCGUGAGACAUCCAGACGUCCAUAUCGUCGCCAAGGCCAUCGAAGAGGACAGACACUUGACUGUCUCGCUUGACGAUGUCAAGCUUUGCGAAUCCAUACUCGCGGUGAUCGCAAGCGGAGACCUUGCCCUUCAUCGAAGACGCCAUCUCCUGGAGACCGUAGCAUAUACCGAGUACAGGUACUCCUAGCUCGAAGACGUCGGGGUCCACAUGCGGCGCGUCCGGGUCGUAUACGGAGAACGGCGAGCCCGAUAGGAUGAUGCCUUUUGGUUUCCAGCCGAGCUCUUUGACCUUUUGGGUGCAGGGCAUGAGCUCCGCGUAGACAUUAUGCUCGCGACAUCUCCUGGUGAUCAGAUGGCUGAACUGAGAUCCAAAGUCCAGGAUAACGAUCGUAUCGAACUGGUCGUGUAUCUCAGCCAUGUUGAGUGACCCGGAGAUAAUGGCAAGGAAC